GGAGCUGUAUGCUCAGGGAAAAGCAGAUGACCAGGUGGAACUUGCUUUGUCAACGCGACUAAACCUUUGGCUAUGACGAUAAAUUGAGUGAGUUUCGGGGUAAUCGCUCGAAAUGAUUUACCUAAUACUGAUUUCCGCGUUUUGUGGCGCGGUCUUGACGUUGGUGUUACAGUUCCUGCUCAUAUACAGGAGGAGCCCGGAGCCCUCAGGCAGGACCGUUCAGUAUGUCAAAGUGGUGCCGGAUAACGCGCUGAAGGAUUACUUUAAUACCCCGCAUACCGAAGCGACCCAGCAGCAGCAGGACGGCACGGCAGCUGCUGCCUCCAAGCAGGCGGAGGCCGCCGGCGGCAGCAGGCAGCAGGAGGCGGCGGUCUCCGGCGGCAGCCCCAAACAGCCGCCGCCUUCGCAAAGCAGCGCGGAGCCCAUUGAAGCGGGCAGAGCCGAGACGUGUCAUUUCCUCAACGCGAUCUUCCUCUUCUUGUUCCGGGAGCUCCGCGACACCCCCGCGGUUCGACACUGGAUCACGAAGAAGAUAAAGGUGGAGUUCGAGGAGCUGCUGCAGACGAAGACGGCGGGCCGGCUCCUGGAGGGGCUGAGUCUCCGGGACAUCUCUCUGGGGAACUCGCUCCCGCUCUUCAAAGCGACCAGGCUCGUGAAGCCGCUGCAGCUGAACGAGGACGGCAUGCCCGAGGAGCUCAACUUCGAGGUGGACCUCGAGUACAGCGGCGGCUUCCACCUGGCCAUAGACGUGGACCUGGUGUUCGGGAAGUCCGCCUACCUGUUCGUGAAGAUGAAGCGCGUGGUGGGCAGGCUCCGGCUGCAGUUCACGCGCAUGCCCUUCUCCCAUUGGUCGUUCUCGUUCGCCGAGGACCCGCUGGUGGACUUCGAGGUGAAGUCACAGUUUGAGGGGAGGCCUCUGCCUCAGCUCACCUCCUUCAUAGUUAAUCAGCUGAAGCGGGUCAUCAAGAAGAAACACACGCUGCCCAACUACAAAAUCAGAUACAAGCCCUUCUUUCCAUUCCAAGUGCAGCCUCCAUUGGGUUCUGCCACUGAUCUGGACCUGUCGGUACAGGACAGCAAGCUGGUGGAAGGCAGACUCAAAGUCACCCUCAUUGAAUGUAGCAGACUGUUCAUCCUGGGUUCCUACGACCGAGAAACGAAUGUUCACUGCACCCUGGAGUUGAGCAGCCAUGAGUGGAAGGAGAAGACCCGCAGCUCCAUCAAACGGACGGAGGUUUUCAAGGGAACAUCUGGCAGUGUGGGGAUGACAUUCAGACAAAUUCCUGCCUAUGAGGGGGAUGCAGUCUACGUCUGCAUAGAGACUGUGACACCUAACUCCCCUGCAGCAUUGGCCGACAUGCAGAAGGGCGAUCGCCUUAUUUCUAUUGGAGGUGUCAAAGUGACUUCUUCAGUUCAAGUGCCCAAACUGUUGAAACAGGCUGGGGAAAGGGUGGUGGUAUUUUACGAGAGACCAGUUCGUCAUCAGAGUCCCGCUUUGGGAAGCCUUGGAACUCAGCAGGAAGGACUUGGACAGCUAGAGGAAACGGGUUUUAUUCCCCAUCCAGGAGGUUAUGAAGAAGACCCUGCCCCUAUCACCACUCUUUCUGAUAUAACUGAUAGCAAAGACAUGGACUCUGAGUUUGAGGAGUUGAUUGUGGGCCCCCAACCUGGCCAGAAUACUGCACCCAACAACAGUACAACAAAUCCAAAUGAGACUAAGGAAGACUUUUUGCUUACAGUAAACCAAAGCCCUAAAAGGACAGUGGCCAACUUGGCCUCUAAGCCUCUUGGUACCAUAUCACCAAUUCUUAACCGCAAGCUAAACCUUGUGGGUCUGCAGUCACCAUUAAAACCUCAACCCAAAGAAUCACCAAAACCCUCACUGCAUAAGACCAGUAGUGAUACAGGAGAGGGUCUGCAACGUCCCACUGUCCCUCCUCCACCUCCUCCCUCUCGACCCCCAGUCCCACCGCGACCUCAAAUAAAGCUGACAUCAGCAUCAUCAGAAACCAGUCUUUUGGAAGUUGUUGAUUCUGUUACGACUACUGUUGCUUCUGUUGCUCCUACUAUGACUACCACUGUCAGCUCAUCUGAAAAAUCUCCAGAGAAAGUCCCACUCACUGCAGGCAGUGAGGAUAAGACUAGUGCUGAGAAAAUAUCUGUCAAACAACCAGAAGUGAAGCAAUCUGUCAAGCCAACAGAGUCUAGUGAUGAUGUGCUUGGUUCUUCCUCUGUGAGCAACAGCAAGGUUGAUCAAGCCAAAGACAAGGUUUCAGAGAGCUCCUGCAGCACACGAGACAGUCUGGAGGAGCACUCUGUCUGGGAAUCCACAGAAACCACGUUUCGUAACCAGACAGCACACUGGCCCAAGGCCUCAGUGGUGUUUGAGGUGGACACCAACCAUAAGUACCUUAAUGUGGCCCUGUGGUGCAAAGAUCCCUUUAAACUUGGUAGUUUGUUAUGUUUGGGUCAUGUCAGCCUCCAGCUGGAGCAUGUAGCCCUAGAAUGUUUGGCCACAUCAUCUGCUGAAUACCAGAGCUCCUUUAGGUUGUUGCCUCCUGAGCCACGAGCUAAUGUCAGCCGCACUGCACUACGCAGUCUCAGCACUCACAAGGGCUUCAAUGAGAAGCUGUGCUAUGGAGAUGUUACCUUAAACUUCUGUUACUUAGCUGAAGGUGAGUUAGAGUGUCCAGUGGGACUAACGGAAAGGGAGGGGGAAGGGAGCCUCCAGGAAGAGGAUAUGAGGGAAAGAGAACUUGACCCCUCAGUUCCACGUGAUGACUUAGCUUACAGCACCAUACAGUCAACUGAUGUUCGACACAACUUCCAAGACACCCAGUUUCAGAACCCUACAUGGUGUAAUUACUGCACAAAAAAGGUUUGGACCAAGGCAGCCUCUCAGUGUAUGCUCUGUAGCUAUGUUUGCCACAAGAAGUGCCAGGAAAAGUGCCUCAGUGAAAGUCCUUUCUGUGUGGCAACAGCUGAACGUUGUGGAGCUGACCCUGAAGCCAAGCCCACCAUAAACCGGGCCACUGGCCUAACACGCCAUAUCCUCAAUACCAGCUCACGCCUCCUUAACUUUCGCCAGGCGCAAAAGACUCGACUUGUUGAGCAGGUGACUGAUUUGCCCGAGCAAACUCCGAAUACCUCUGACAAUGAGAGCAGUGACACAGAGACUUACACCAGUGGUGCGAGCCCAUCAAAGCAGCCUGCUGGCAGUGCUGGCAGCACUAAACUCACACGAAAGGAGGGUGGGUUGGACGACAGUGUCUUCAUUGCUGUGAAGGAGAUAGGCCGCGACCUGUAUAGAGGGCUGCCCACAGAUGAACGCUCCCAGAAGUUGGAGUUAAUGCUGGACAAACUUCAGCAGGAAAUCGACCAGGAGCUAGAGCACAAUAACGGCCUUCUGGUGGAGGAAAGGGAGGCCACAGAUGCUCGGCGUAAGGCCCUAAUCAGUACAGCUCUGGCCAAGUCUGGUGAAAGACUCCAGGCACUCACCUUGCUAAUGAUUCAUUACCGAGCAGGUAUAGAGGACCUGGAAUCAGUGGAGAGCACAUCUCCCUCAGAGCAGCAAGGCUUUAAAGGCAAAGCAGAGAGCCUGGAGGAAGAAGCCCUGAUAGGAACAGAGGUGUAUGACAGUGACACAUGCAGCCCUGUGGAUGGGCAGCUCAUGGAUGAAAUCAGUGAGGAACAGAUCUGUGUCGAGGCGCUCCAGUAGAUACCGUUUUAAAGAGAAAACAGAAGAACGUGCAUCAUGCUUUUGCUUUCCAGAAAAUGACCUGCAGUUUAUUUUGAUAUGGAAAUUCCAGCCGUCCAUUUUUAAUAU